AUGGAUGUGCCUCUUGCGGCGUUUUCGUCGGGUGACGAAGGAGUGGCGUUCUGCAUCAGCGGUAGUGGCUUCGUGGCAAAGAGGGCGUCGGCCUCUUCGGGGGAUGGGCCAAUCGUCAACAACUCGAGUGGCGUCACGAAUUUUGUGAGACUGCUGGCCCUUGAUGGUGUAUCGCUCGCCAGUGUUGUGAGUGGUGUGCCAGAGGGCGAACACGAGGUCUUGGCAGAUCAUCUCGCUCAGCUCCUUUGCACUGCAUGUGAGACGGAGCCGAUGGGGGCCGCACGCAUUUUGACAGCGCUGCUGUUGAUGGAAUUUGACCGCGCCACACGUAGGUGUAAUGAUGUGCACACUUUUAUGCGGGGCAAUGGCGUGGUGCCGAAGGUUUUCGAGAACUUCUUCGCCAAAGUGACGGGGGCUGGCGGAGGAUUGGAGCAUCAGCUCCUCGGCUGCUGUGCCGUUCUGUGCGACCCCGAAUCAACGCGGCCGAACACGCAGAUGGCACCGAAGGUCCACGACACGGUGUCUAAAGAAACCGAAGCACCCGCCCAGAAUGAGGUCUCGAAAAGUGAAAUCAAUUCUGACGGUGCUGAGGUGUCAGCUGCUCUCCUCCUUCGUGAGGGUCUUGAUUACUUCAGCAAUCACACAGUGCUCGACUUGGAGAGUGGAGGCGACACAUCACCGUAUCGCGAAGAGUACGCGAGAGCGAUUUUGGCAAUGUCGCAUCGCAUUCUGGAUGUGGUGCUGGCGUCGGCACUCCAGUGGCCGUGGAGCCUUCGUCGUUGUCUGCGGUUUUUAGUGGAGAUGGUUGGCACGCGCUGUCAGGGAGAGACACCACCAGUGCACGCCGAGGCGCCGAUACCUUUGGAACAGAAUAUGAUGGCAACAAUUGUGGUUCUUCGAGCGGUGGUUCCGGCGCUGCUGAGGACUCUUCCCCGACUACUCCCAGAAGAGAUGUGCUUCGACAGACAAUACGUCUUGGUGCAGAGACGCUGCACCUUGCUGGCGAAGGUGACACAAAAGGCGACCCAUGGAUUGCUGUUUAAUGGAUCACACGAGAAGAGGAUCUCGGCUUUAAACAGCGGCCUCCCAGCUCUUACACAGCGAUGGGUGGAUGGGUUUGCGUUGAUUUGCACUGAUGUAGAGCAGCCAUCGCCACGCCAAGAUAGUGAUGCCUUAUCACGUGAGGCGGAGGCGGCCCUGCGGCUUUGCGAGUUCCUCGAUCAACAGCUGCCUCGUGUCAUGCAUGCGGCGAUGCGAUGCAAACCAAUCAUGGAGUCUGUUCACUGGGGCCGCGUACUGCGCCUCAUAGCGUACGGUGAGCGGCGUUUGGGGCGUAUUGGUCACUUUGCUACAUCACCGCUGUCGUACGGUAUUCUGUGCCCCAACAACAGCAACAUCAACAUCAACACCAAUACCAGCCUCAUCAUUACCAGUGGCGCCGUCGAACCUGCGGCACCGUUGCAGAGGCCUCGUCACAUGCUUGGGCAACUCUCCCGCCUGGGCCAUUCCCGAUCGUCAUCUGAUGCGCCCGAUGUGGACAGCAGGACUACGCUACAGCUGGAGGGUAUUUUUGAUGAGUUGGUUGCGUACGCCCUUGGGGUGACGAUUGAUCCAGAAAUCACGGGAUUGCACGCCAAUUUUUGCAGUGUUUUGGGUGUCUCAUCUGAUGGUGCCGUUGUUAUCACGCUGUACUGGGAUCUGCUCUGUUUAUAUCUCGACAGCUACUAUGCGAAGGAGAGAGACGAGUUGCCUAGGCGGUGCCCACGGUUUUACCGCCAUAGAAGACACUCGGAGCACCGAGACGGCGACGCUCUCGCAUUUCUCUUCCUUCUCGUGGAUGUGGCGGUGUCGACAAAAGGCGGUGAGGGGUUUCGCCUUGUUGUUAUCGCCGGCAACUCAUCCGCGUGUUUCUCUUGGCUGGGCGAUGUUCUUCGACUGCUGCCAGCGAGACACGCGGUGCGGUGUGUGCGCGUGCUUCUGCUGACCACAGCGGAGUUCCGUAUGCCGCAUCGCGGGUGGUGUGAUCCCUUUGAGGUGAAGGUUCUGCAGCGCCUCGGUGAUCUGGUGGCUGCGCUGCGGGACAUGCGCCUCUGCAUGCCUCUCGGCUGCGACGAGUACCGCGCACUUCUAGAAGAGGAAGAAGAACAGGCGGUGGGUGAGCGGCUCACUGACGCAUUUUUUCCCUCCGUUGCUGAGACGGUAGAUGAUGGCAUUUAUGUGUGGGCACCGCCAGUGCUGCACAUGUCACUGAAGGCACGAGAGGUGGGCCUCUGGCCUGUGGCUUUGAUGCGCGACGUGUUUGAACUUAUCCGCACCGCGUUUCGCCCCGUCUGUGUGCCAGCAGCUGUAUCAUCGUCAAGCGAGGACCGCGCGCUGGAGCGACUGACGUGUAGCAUUCCAGUGGGCGUUACGAGUAACUUUCGUAUGAGUGCAGUGGAAUUUUUCUUUAACUUCGAGGGUGAUCUCUUGCUGCACUUGGAGAUGGAACCGGGGUGGCUGCGCGACGCUGCGAGGACUACAGGUGGCACUUCACCCUCUUCCAAGCAGCAGAAAAACCAUGGUAACUACCACCAUGAAAAACACCAGAGCCGAUUUCGAUGCACAUGGCGCUCCGUGGCGCACAUGCAGAAGAGCGACUUGGAGGCCCACGAGAGUAGUUUGCUCCGCCUGCUCUUCCUGUCGACGCAGUGCCUCUAUACAGCAGGUGGGUGUCUCAAAAGCUGUAGUUCCGCCGAUGGGGCGGUGGGAGGCGGACAAGGAUUGCCGAGUGUGGUUCCCAGUCUUCGCCACACCACGCUGAAUUCUCUCUGGCGGCUUCUGCUUUACAAUUUGUGGAAGACGCUUUCCUUGGUGCAGCAGGUGUCGCCAUCAGAGUGCCCUGUAACGCGCAUGGUGACAUCUGUGCGUGCGUACCUGGAACGAGUGGGGUGCCAGGUUCUUCCUUCCAAAGACAUAAACCUUCUGGGUGGAGAGAGUAUGUUGCUGGAUGUCGCUGCGGCCGCCCUCGCUUCCACCCCCGUUGCAGAAUGUGAGCUCAUUCAACUCCUUGUAGCAAUCUGUAGUUUUGUUCGCUCGGCUGACUUCGAGGAGCUUGGCCCCGACGCCAAGGGUCAGAGUGACGACAUCUCUGAACACGAAGAGGCCAUGACAGACGGCGUCAUACGCAUCCUAUUUCAAAAGGGGGUGUUGGACGAUGCCGAGAUUUUCGUUGCGCGGCUGAUUGCCUCGCGGGGUGAUAUGUUGCUAAAAACUGCGCAGGUGCCCUCUUGGGACAGAGGGUUGUGGAUGCCACAUAUCGGUUUCAUUCACCUGCACUGA